AAUGAAGACCCGUUAGAGCCAGUUGAAGCUUUACAGGAUGAAUUUAGUGUCGAAUCAGAGGAAAUGGAUUUUCUGAGCAGUCCUGAGAGACGCCCUGAAAAAAAGAGUUGCCGUGAAAAUGUUGAUGUAAGUAUUGUUGAGCAAGGGAACUGUUCAGCAAUUGGGGAAAUGCCUACAAAUGAGGAACAUGAGCCUUUUCGCUGUUCACAAGUCAGAAGUGCUCAGGUUCCAGGCCUUGUUGAAAUAAAAGAGGCAGUGUCAUCCAAAUCCGACCAAAUUGAUUUUACUGACUUUGGGACACCUGAAGAUAAACGAGAUAGCCUCAAACGUCUUGGAAGUUUCACAAUUGAAACUGGGGGAACACAUGAAGCUGAGUUGAGUGUGAAAACCUGUGCUGAUCCACAGGACAUAUGGGAAGCACAGUUGUUGAAAGAACAGACAAAAGGGUGGAACCAGAAAGAAUACAGUCAGCCACCUGACACCAACGGGGCACGUGUCCAUGUAGAAAAGAACGACUCUGCACCUUUUCAGGAAAAUUGCAUCGACGACGAAGUGAAGGCUGCUGAUGGAGUCUCGAGUACAGUGUUGGAUGGUGGUUUGUCUCCACCAGUGUCCAACCAGAGAGUGUUGUUUUCGAAUCCCAAACUAUCAACAACAAUGCAAGUACAGAUGUGAAGAGAAACUUCUUCAGCCCAGCCAGGAACAGGAGAAAACUGGGGUCUAGUCGCCGGAACAAAGGAAGCCAUGCGUCGAUCGAUCCUGCUGAGAUGUGCAGUGAUGACGAUGACCUUGCAAAGAAAAGCGAUCACGGUGAUGAUCCCUCGAGAACGAAAGAUGCGAUAUGUACAAUAGAAGCAGCUGAGAAAGAAACCGCACAGCUGAAAGGAAUGGACAGUUGCCAGACUCUUCCAGGUGAAGACGUGAAUGAUCUUGUCAGACACAACAUCAGUUUCAACACAACUGUACCCGAAAUGCUAACACACCAUUCAAGUUACCAGAUCAUUCCAGAGGUGGGCGAACUUGCCCUUGUUGACUCCAAAACAAAAGCAGGGGAGGAAAUGGAAACUUUUUUGCAACAUAGUCAAAACGCAAGUCUUGAUGAUUCGAUGAGUCGCCUACGUGAGGGUGCACUAGUGUCAACUGUUACACAGGCGACAACCACAUCUGAAAGCAGUCUACAUAAAGAUGCAGAAAUGGAGUACAGUGCAGCAGUACUCACAGUUUCUUCACCAUUUCCGAGCACAUCCACAGAUAAACACGAGAACUUUAGCUUUUCUCAAGUCACAGUAGCUCAACAUCCUGGCAAGGAAUUAAUUAAGGAGGUUCAGUUUUUAGAAACAGGCCAAAUAAAACCCGGGGAAAUCUUGAGUGACAAAUCUUCAAGUGGUGAGGUUGAGAAAUAUGUCGAAAACCUUCUCAGUGAAAUUGUGGAAACGCGUAUGUCUGACUUCAGCGCAAAAACCUUUCUUGAUUCCCGGUUCAAUCCCCAGGACAACCGUGACGACCACCCUAUGAACCAGCACACCGUGGAGGUUUCGGAACAGAGACAUGAAAAGGAUUACGCGUGUAAUACCACGGAGACUUGGACCAACACGGAAAAAACAGACCACACACAAAGUCAGGCACAGGACACUGAAGCUCAAGCAAUGUCGGAUGCGGAGCGGAGCAGUAAAAGAGUCUUAAGUGGAACGGCAGAUAGUUUACAGUCUUUACAAAGUGAACCGCCAGAACCAAGUUUUGCCUUUGACUCCCAAACCGAGUGCAACACCGCUGGCACAGAUGAGCAAAGAGACUCUUUGAGAAGCCCAAUAAAAGUCUUUGCCUCUAAAGAGUACGGUGACUUUAACGAGGAUGCCACUGGAAGCGCAGGGGAUGACGGUGAUCAUCCCACAGAAAUGGAAUUAGCUGAUAUGAACAAGUCCAGGCUACCAGAAAUGGACAAUUUAGACACUUUUUCAGGUCAAUAUCCAGACUCCGUGUCGACUCAACACCUUAAGUCAUUAGAAACAGGCCAUGGUGAAGACAGCGGAACUUUGAGCCCAGCUAGGAACAGGAGAAAACUUGGAUCUACGGAACGACGAAACAAAGGACGCUAUGUCAAGGUCUUUGAUCCUGAGGUAUGCAAUAAAUCUGCAGAUGAGUCUGACGGAAACAGCAGAGAUGAAAAGGACUACCAAGAAACUAAAGACACGACAUUUCGAGAAGAAACGGCCGAAGUGGAAAUCACCAAAAUAAAUUGGCUUAAUAAAGAUACAAAUAUUGAACGUGGGCCGACAGAAGCCAUAAUGUCACCACCACAAGAGGAAGUGGAGGGACAAUGUGAGCCUUUCAACAUUUCUGGAGGACGUCGUACAGAGAAUUUGGAGAACCGUGUCAAAAAAAUGUUUCAAGAAAAGGUCAAGCCCGUAGAAAUGGCAGCAGGGACUGCAGGACAGCAAGCGUCACAAGAACACAUGAACCCAACACCCAAAGCCGCUGAGGAAAUAGAAGUUCAACUGGUACACAGACUAAAAACUGAAGAAGACUCCAUUUCUCCGAAUUCAGACAGAAAUGAAGUUGCCGCUUCUCAAGGGGAAGUACCAGAGACAUUGUGUAACUCCAACGAACACGCCAAUGUUUACCGCAAAUCCAGCAUGAAUGUACGAGACUCGGAAGAAACCUUACAGGUAAAAGACAUCGACGACGUAUCUUUCAAGGAACGCUCGCUGGAAAGUGUUCUGCAAGCAAAGAAAGGCGCCCAGGAAGAAAUCGGGCUUAGUUCGCAACAAAUGGGACUGAGAAAUUUGUCUUUGACUUCUACCGAGAAGGGAGAGAAGAGCUCCGCUCGCAGGCCCCAGAUCGAAACGAAACGAGAGGCAGAAAUGGACGGCGAAGACGAGACGAGAGCCCUGAAAAAUGUGCAAGUUCUCGAAGAUCCGGCACAGACUGGAGCAUUGCACCAAGGAGAGCCGGACCUCACCGGGCUGGAGUCUGACCCGCAGCUUCCCGACAGUAGCAGACGACGAAACGUGAUCCCGGCCGCCGAUGAUGUCGGGACUGUCUUUUCAGAGCAGGUUUCCUCUCGGUGUGCUUUUCUUUCGGCUUCCCAGGUGGCUGAUGUGACAGGAAGUGACAGUGAGAUCCCGGUUGCCAUGGGGACAUUUCAACCUGAUUAUGCUCCGGUCUCCGAGGACCAUGUCAUGAGCUCUGCGGACAUAGAGAGUAAGCGAAAACAGCAGAUGUGUUCAGACAAAGGUGGUGUAGAUCAUGAAUCUUUUUCUACGGUUGCCGCGCAAGUACCUAGCCAAGAGCGCACGGGUGCGCUACCGAAUACACGAGAAAUAAUAACAGAAAGUGACGGAGAACCUGAUAAAAACUUGAAAAGUCCCAGUGUGAACUUGACAAAUAGAAAAAGAAAGAUGGGCACCACGCGGAGAAAUCUUGGGACAAUCUCAAAGCGGGACUUGGAGCCAAAGUUGGAUACGAGCACAGAGGCAACGCUCACAGCUCCCGAACGUGGCCGUCAAGGCAAAGAGAAAGAGACCAGGCCUGAUAGUUCGGGUUCUGAACCAACUCCAGAAACCGCUGGUGAUCCCCCAAGCACGGCGCCGGCCCAUCAGACAGCUCAAGAAAAUCUAACUGCAGAGAGUCAGCCGGCUGGACGUGACAUCCCGCAAAAACCGUCCACCGUGCCCAGACUCGACGCGCUCUCAGAAACUGAACCCGGCGGGGGAAAGCGGAAACUGGGAUCUCGCAGGAAGUCCCGAGUGCCGCAAACGCGUGUUGAUCAAAGCGAAGCCGACAACGCGAUACGGACGCAACCUGAGACCAGCACGCAGCAACACGCCGAGGACGUCUUGCGAGGCCCUGAAGAAUUACAAGUGACAUCUGCUGAGAAAGCGACGCCGUACCGAUCCCCCCAGGGUGGACUCCACCUGGGGCAAGACAUUCUUUCUUUCGGCGAGUCGUCUUCUGACCUGAAAGCAAAGCGCUUUAACGUGGUCAUGAUCGGAGACAGCUACGUGGGCAAGACCUCCUUCAUGAAGCGAGCGCAGAAUGGGAAAUUUUUCCCAGAUUGUGCUGCCUCUGCCGGCCUCGAUACGUGUUUGUGGACUGUCAUCGUUGACGGCAAACCUGUGGCGCUGCAGCUGUGGGACACGGCGGGUCAAGAAAGGUUUCGCAGUAUCACCAAUCAGAUAUACCAUAGAGCGCACGCAUUCCUCCUGAUGUACGACAUCACUUCCUCGCAAAGCUUCGCCGCCGUCCACUACUGGGCAAGAUGCAUUCAGGAAGGGGCCGCGGAAAACGUUCCCAUUUUACUUCUGGGAAAUAAAAAUGAUCACACGAAGCGGACUGUGACAACCGAAGAGGGGCAGAAUGUCGCAAAGGAGUUCAACGUCGGCUUCAUGGAGUGCAGCGCCGUCACCGGCGACAACGUGAUUCAGUCUUUGGAAGCCGUUGCCAGGUUGUUGAGUCAGAACGAUGACGGAAGACAGGAAACGCCGGGAUUACAUAAAGAACCCCCAAAAAACAAAUCAGGAUGUUGUUGAACUGACGAGGAAGUGACGCAGUGCUGCGGUGCGUUAUCAACUGAGCAU